CGCCGUCCACGGCCCUACAUAUAGCCCGCCACACGCCUUCACCCCCGUUUCGACCUCACCAUCCAAACCACCAAUCAACCACCUCACGAUCCGUCCAUCAACCACGCCCUGCCCCUCUCUUUCUCCCGUCUCGCAAAUUUCUUGGGAUCUCGCAGCGGCGGCGAUGACUCGCGGCGACCAGAGGGAGCGGGACCGGCAGAGGGCGCAGGCGCGGAAGCCGGGGAGCAAGGGCCGCGACGACGGGCUCACGCCGGAGCAGCGACGAGAGCGGGACGCCAAGGCGCUGCAGGAGAAGACCGCCAAGAAGGCGGCGCAGGCGGGCGCCGCCGCCGCAGACGCCGCAAAGAAGAAGAACGCCGGCAAGAAAUAGCACUAUACGCAUUUUAUUCCCGAGCGUCCCGGCGCCGUUCGUCCUGGGGCAUGGGAUCUGUACUGCUUGUCUCGUGAGCUGUUGUCCUUCUAGGACUACUUCUGGAUGUUCUGAUGUAAAAUCGUUGCAUUCUGAAUUGGAUGUGCUGAUGGUUCUUUCAUGACAA